AUGGCGAAUAUUUUCCUCACUAAUUUCAACGUUAUGAACAGACAAAGUACCAGGAGCAGCUGCCGAGGGAAGUGGGGGUUAGCCAGGGGGAGAGAGAGAGAGAGAGAGAUGGUGCAUUUUGUUCUAGUACAUGGUCUGGGUCAUGGAGGAUGGUGUUGGUACAAGGUUAAGCCGCUGCUGGAGAGUGCAGGACAUCAAGUGACGGCGAUCGACCUUGCGGCUUCAGGGAUCAACAUGGCUAAACUAGCUGAGGUCCAUACGAUGUCCAACUACUCACAGCCGUUAAUGGAGUUGAUGGACUCACUUCCUCCAGGAGAGAAGGUAACCCUAGUGGGACACAGCUUGGGUGGCUACAAUUUGGCUAUUGCCAUGGACAGGUUUCCUCACAAGAUAUCCGUAGCUGUCUUUCUGACAGCUUUCAUGCCCGAUUCUACACAUUCCCCUUCCUAUGUCUUGGAUCAGUUUAUGGAGAGGAUCCCAGCAGAGGGUUGUUGGUUAGAUACUCAUUUUUCAUCUGAUCUGGACCCCGUGAUGCCCAAAACUACAGUACUUUUUGGCCCCAAGUUCUUGGCCUUCAAGCUCUAUCAACUCUCCUCUUCACAGGAUUUGGCACUUGGAGAGACACUGGUAAGGCCUGGAUCCAUGUUCAUAGAAGAUCUAUCAAAGGGGAAAGCAUUCUCAAAAGAGGGAUAUGGCUCGGUUAAUCGAGUUUACAUUGUAUGCAAAAAGGAUUUAGUAAUUACUGAGGAUUUUCAACGUUGGAUGAUUGAGAAUGAUCCACUUAAAGAGGUGAUGGAGAUUGAGGAUGCUGAUCAUAUGGCUAUGCUGUCAAAGCCCAAUGAACUGUGUUUUUGUCUCUUGGACAUUGCCAAUAAAUAUAAUUGAUUUGGUCUCAUGCACUCUUGUUAAUUAGCACUCAGUUACACCUUCACCUUGUGAAUUUUAAAGCUUUUCCCUUCUUUCUUUGGUUGCUGUUAUGUGUGGUAAUCCAUGCUUGAAAC